GGAGGAGGAGGAUUACUGUAUUACUAUCUAAUUAAGGAACAGAAUAGGGAAAUUUGAGCAGCCCUGCUUACAGUCAUUUAGCCUGUUUGAGAAGAUGGCUAAAUCCACAAAAGAGUUUGCAGUUUUAAAAAGAAGUGCUAGCAAAAUUCAACGAGCAAUCACUGAUGCAAAGCUUUUGUCAACGGAUUUGUUUUCAGAGGGUCUCAUUUCUCUUCCAAUCAUUGAAAAGGUCAAUGAUGCUGUCAACAAAACUGAUGCUAGAAUGGAGCUAGUUACUAAUCUACUUCAUGUGGCAUCCAUUGAUCCUAAAAUCUUCCACAAGCUCCUUCAAGUACUGGAGAAUCAUUCUCAACUGCUGGCUGCUGUUGCUACAGAAAUAAAAGAAGACUAUGGCAAGGACUAUGAUAGAGAGAUGGAGAGUGGAAAUGAAGUUGGGGCUGAAGUAGUCAUAAGGAAAGAAACACCUAGUGCAGUUGAAGUAGCAAUAGAGAAAUGUUUUUUGAAGCAAGCUGAAUUUUAUGAUAGAUGUAAAGAAAACCAUACUAAGAUAUUUGAGAACACGGCAAUAACUAAAGAGAAAAUUCAAAAGAAAGCAGAAGACCUUGAAGCAGCUGCUAAACAAAUGUCACAAGACUUUCAGAAGCAAGUGUCUGAGAAAGGUAAUGUUAAUCCUGAUGAUUUUGCUAAACAAUUAAAAGAAUUAUCUGAGAAAACAUCACUUGAAAUACAAAGCAUAAUGAUGGACAAUGCUAAAAAAUGUCUAGCAUUGAGCGCUAUGGGAGAACCUGAGAAGGACGAAAGUACUUCAAUAAAAGAAGAGUCAGAUAUUGAUGUACAUAAGGUCACUGACGAAGUACAACAAACACAGGCUGAUCAACUGCUUGAUAUUACAGAUCUUGCUACAGUCUUUCAAGAAUUAACAUCAAGUCAACAAUUCAAUUGCACUGAUUGGUAUCAGUUGGGUCUGUACUUAGGAUUGUAUGAGCGUACACUAAAAGCAAUUGAAGAAGAAAACAAAGGGAAUUUAAAGAAGUGUCUGAUGGAGUGCCUAUCUUCCUGGCUAAAGGGAGAGGAUGGAGUAAGAGAAACAAGAGGAGGUGGAUCAAACUGGAUAUCAUUAGUAGCAGCACUGGAUACAAUGGGGCAGAGGAAGGUUGCUGAUGACAUUAGAAAGAAGUACUUGCUAUAAUAAAAAGUAUUUGUAACUAUUAGAACCUUGCUUGUUUUUGUGAAUUUUUAUUUGCUUCUUAUUUUUUGUAGCUACAGUAGCUUAAAGGUUUUGCACUACUUAAUACAUUUUUUUAUAAUCAAGACUUUGCUUGCUUUAAAAGAUAAUAUUAAUAAUAACAAUAUAA